AUGAGUCAGUGGAGAGGCGGUGGUGCUCAGAGUAAGGAACGAAGCCAGGGUUUUUUCACUGUAUUUGUUGAUAACAUUCCUACAGUAAUGGAUGCUAAAGCUUUGUACAAACUCUUUACCAAGUUCGGGAUCGUGAAGGGUGCUUACAUCCCAUUCAAAAGAAGGAAAGUGACGAACACAAGGUUUGGGUUUGUCCGUUAUGACUGUCGAAUCUCAGCAUCUGUUGCCAUCCAAAAAGCGAAUGGCCUUUUUGUGGAUGACAUGAUGCUUGUGGUUAAAAUGGCUACCUAUGACAGGAAUACCAGACCCGAACAGAGCAAUCUCAAACAUUGGAAAGAUUACAGAGUGGCCAAAGGGCUGGAGCCAAUUCGUGAUGGUUUGGAAGCCAAAUCUCCAUCUGCAGUAGGAGAGGUGCGUUUGGUUGAGAUGCUAUGGUAUACCCCUGCAUCUAUGGAAUAG